UACUUUGAGGAUUCCUGCCUGUUUGAGAGAGCCUGUCUAUUCACCAUGCGCGAGAUUGUUCAUCUGCAGAUCGGGCAGUGUGGAAACCAGAUCGGCUCAAAGUUUUGGGAGGUGAUCAGUGACGAACAUGGAAUUAACACGGUAGGAAGCUAUGAAGGCGACUGUGACCUGCAGCUGGAGAGGCUUAAUGUCUACUUCAACGAGGCACACGGUGGAAAGUAUGUCCCUCGGGCCCUGCUGGUUGACCUGGAGCCUGGAACCAUGGACAGUGUGAGGAGCAGCCGAAUUGGACAGCUCUUCAGGCCUGACAACUUCAUACAUGGCAAUUCAGGUGCUGGGAACAACUGGGCCAAGGGGCACUACACUGAAGGGGCUGAGCUGGUUGAGAAUGUGAUUGACAGGGUGCGCAACGAGUGCGAGAGCUGCGACUGCCUGCAGGGCUUCCAGUUUGUGCACUCGCUAGGCGGGGGCACAGGCUCCGGCAUGGGAACCCUCAUCAUCAACAAGAUCCGCGAGGAGUACCCGGACCGCAUCAUGAACAGCUUCAGCGUCAUGCCUUCCCCGAAGGUUUCCGACACGGUGGUGGAGCCCUACAACGCCACUCUGUCUAUCCACCAGCUCAUAGAGAACACAGACGAGACCUACUGCAUCGACAACGAAGCGCUUUACGACAUCUGUUUCCGCACGCUGAAGCUGACCACGCCCACCUACGGGGACCUCAACCAUCUGGUCUCCCUGACCAUGAGCGGGGUGACCACCUCCCUGCGAUUCCCUGGCCAGCUCAACGCCGACCUGCGCAAGCUGGCCGUCAACAUGGUGCCCUUUCCUCGCCUCCACUUCUUCAUGCCGGGCUUCGCCCCGUUGACAUCUCGUGGGAGCCAGCAGUACCGCGCACUCACAGUGCCUGAGCUCACCCAACAGAUGUUUGACGCGCGCAACAUGAUGACGGCCUGUGAUCCGAGGCAUGGCCGCUACCUGACGGUGGCUGGGGUGUUCCGCGGCCGCAUGUCCACCAAGGAAGUGGAUGAACAGAUGCUGGCCAUACAGCAGAAGAACAGCAGCUACUUUGUGGACUGGAUCCCGCACAACGUCAAGGUGGCAGUGUGUGACAUCCCUCCACGGGGGCUUAAGAUGGCCUCCACUUUCAUCGGCAACAACACAGCCAUCCAAGAGAUAUUCCGCAGGGUGGGCGAGCAGUUCUCCCUCAUGUUCCGACGCAAGGCCUUCCUACACUGGUACACAGGGGAGGGUAUGGACGAGAUGGAGUUCACCGAGGCUGAGAGCAACCUCAAUGACCUGGUGUCCGAGUACCAGCAAUACCAGGAUGCCACUGCUGACCUCGACUGGGAACCAGAGGAGGGAGGAGAGGAGGAAGGUCCAUCACCGAUGGUAACAAAAUCUCACGCCAGGACUGAGAUCAGAACUGAAACAGUGACUGAAACUACAACUGAGAUAGUAGAGGAAGAGUAGAGGACUUGUAAAAUUGAUAGAAAAGGUUGUGUGACCACUUCACAGCUCCAUGCAGUAGCGCAGCCACGCAAAACUUUUCCAGACCAGAACUGUUAGCUCUGUUUGUUUUUAGCAGGAAGUAAAGGACUAGAGGCACGGAAUGGUGAGAUGAGUGUGAGAGUGCAGUGAAGAAGUUUUCUUGUCCCACAAAUAUGUGUAACACUUUUGAAGUUCAGUACUCUCAUCAGUUGUUUAUCUCUGAUAUCCUUUCACAAAUAUUCAGAUUACAAGUACGUGUUUUCAUGUUUUGUACAAGUUAUAGCUAUGCAGAUUAAUAUUACAUGCAAUGCCAGCAAUAUUGGGGAAAAAGUCAGACAUUUGCUCUGCAAAUUAGUACUUCUAUAUAUUAGUUAUUCAAAUUUUUCUGCCAGCGGUUUGUUACAGAACAUGCACAAUAGAUGAAAAAUAUUUUGUAGAGCAAAUUCUACAAAUCAAUGAAGAAUUGCAUGUUCAAAAACUGUAAAUAUUUUCCAAUGAUUGUAUGACUGUUUUUGCGUGCUUUAUAUUUAUUUGCACUGUGACAGGCAAGUUUACUAGCUGGGUUUGUAAUGCUCUUCUGUAAAAUAGGAAAUCUAAUGAGGGAUAAUCGGUAGUAAGAUUUGUUGUGAAAUGAUUAAUUGCAAGGUGGAGCUAGAUUGAUAUUUUUAAAUACUUUUAAACAGUGUAUCAUUUAAAUCUCAUAAUUAUGUAAAUGAUAAAAUAAUGUAUUAAAAUGUGCAUUUGUGAUACUGACAAACUA